AUGUCGAACGGCAAUCGUGGACCAGGUCCCAUACCCAAUCGUUGGCUGUAUUGUCCGCGUAAGAGCGAAGGUAUUAUAGCGGAGAAAUUUAUUGCCUUUAAGACCCCGUUGAGUGCAGCAUUCGAUGACCAAAUGCCGAUGGAAUGUAUGUUCCAUCCGGAAAUGAUAUUCGGCUACUGCAAGACCUUAAAACUUAAUCUAGGUCUAUGGAUUGAUUUGACAAAUACCAAGAGAUUUUAUGAUCGUGCUAUUGUCGAGGCCAAGGGCACACAAUAUGUUAAACUGCAAUGUCGUGGUCAUGGUGAGACACCAUCACCCGAACAGACACAAUCCUUCAUUGAGAUUGUCGACAAUUUUAUCAAUGAUCGUCCAUUCGAUUUAAUUGGUGUACACUGUACUCACGGUUUCAAUAGAACGGGGUUCCUAAUUGCCUCAUAUUUGGUGGAACGAUUGGAUUUCUCGGUGGAGGCGGCAUUGGCAAUGUUUAGUAAAAUACGACCACCGGGUAUCUAUAAACAGGACUAUAUCAAUGAAUUGUACAGGCGUUAUGAUGACGAAGAGGAUGCUCCAACAGCACCCGAACUACCCGGUUGGUGUUUGGAAUAUGAUGAUUCGGAUCGUGGGAAAAAACGUAGUUACGAUGAAAUGGCUCGGGAAGCGGAUGGUGACGAUUUGGCAGAUGCUGAUGAUGGCAACGAGGCUGAUGGUAAUGGUGGUGAUGAAGGCAGCUCCUCAUCGAAUGGUGGUAAAACACGAAAGAAACGACGUCGAGAAUUGGUCAUAAAAAAUGCCAAAUUUAUGGAUGGUGUACCAGGUGUGACAUGGGUCAGUGAUCAACCACGUUUGGGUGAUUUACAACAAAUGGUACAAGAUAUGUGUGGUUGGAAGAAAAGCGGAUUUCCUGGUUGUCAACCUGUGUCAAUGGAUCGUCAAAAUAUGAAGAGAUUACAAGAGAUUCCAUAUCGUGUUUCGUGGAAGGCCGACGGUACAAGAUAUAUGAUGUUAGUCAAAGGACGUGAUGAAAUCUAUUUCAUUGAUCGCAACAAUUCGGUAUUUCAAGUAGAAAAUUUAACAUUUGUAAAAUACAACAACCUGCAUGAACAUCUCGAAAAUACUCUUUUGGAUGGGGAAAUGGUAUUGGAUAAAUACAAUGGCCAAAUUACACCGCGUUAUCUCAUCUAUGAUAUUAUCAAAAUUGGCAGCCGUGACAUUGGCAAAGAAAAUUUCUAUCCAAAUCGUUUGCAAUGCAUCGAUAUGGAGGUGAUUAUGCCACGACAUAAAGCCAUUGAAAAGGGUAUCAUUAAUCGUCCCUCCGAACCGUUUAGUCUGCGUAAAAAAGAUUUUUGGGACAUAAGACAAUCGGCAUCGUUGUUGGGUGAGAAAUUUGCCAAAAGUUUAUGCCAUGAACCGGAUGGUUUGAUAUUUCAACCAUCGGAACAGCCCUAUACGGCUGGUGUUUGCCCGGAUGUCUUCAAAUGGAAACCAUUGGAUAUGAAUUCGGUAGAUUUUCGUUUAAAAGUGCAUACCGAAUCUGGAGCAGGCAUUCUUACCCGCAAGGUGUGUUACCUUUAUGUGGGUGGCCAUGAUCCACCCUUUGCCCAAAUGCCAUUCACAAAAACCAUAAAGGCAAUGAAUUUGGAUAACAAAAUUGUAGAGUGUACCAUAAAUGGCCAGGGCCAGUGGGAGUUGAUGCGUGAACGUACCGAUAAAACAAUGCCCAAUAGUUAUAAUACUGCCAUGUCUGUCAUCGAGAGUAUACGUAAUCCCGUUACAAAAGACAUACUUCUACAUUUUAUCCAUCACAAUGGCUUUAGGAAUGAUAAUGAUAUGAUGCCACCGCCACGCAGCAAUAAUCAACAUCAUCAUCACAACAAUCAACAGCAUCAUCAUCAGAGGCAACAUCAACAACAACAGCAGCAGAAACGCGAACAUUAUCAUCAACAACAACAGCAGCAGCAGCAGCCGCAGAGGUGGCCGAACUUGCCACCUCCUAAUUAA